GCCGCCCGCGCUCCGCCGCCGCCGCCGCCGCUCCGGCCAUGGCGCUGGUCACCCUGCAGCGCUCGCCCACGCCCAGCGCCGCCUCCUCCUCGGCCAGCGCCAGCGAGCUGGACGUUGGCAGCGAUGAGGAACGCAAACUCAACCUGAGUUUAAGCGAGAGCUUUUUUAUGGUCAAAGGAGCUGCGUUGUUCCUGCAGCAAGGAAACAGUCCGCAAGGGCCACCCCGGAGUCUCCUGCAGCCUCACAAACAUGCAGGUGAUUUGCCGCAGCACCUUCAGGUGAUGAUCAACCUCCUUCGCUGUGAGGACAGAAUCAAGCUGGCCGUACGCUUAGAAAGUGCCUGGAGCAAUCGCGUGAGGUACAUGGUGGUCGUCUACAGCACCGGGCGCCAAGAUACCGAGGAGAACAUUCUCCUGGGCGUGGACUUUUCCAGCAAGGAGAGCCAGAGUUGUACCAUCGGGAUGGUGUUACGUCUGUGGAGCGAUACGAAGAUCCACCUGGAUGGAGACGGCGGGUUCAGCGUCAGCACGGUGGGCAAGACGCACAUCUUCAAACCGGUCUCGGUGCAAGCCAUGUGGUCUGCCUUGCAGAUCCUCCACAAGGCUUGCGAGAUGGCUCGGAGGCACAACUACUUCCCGGGGGGGAUGGCGCUUGUCUGGGCCACCUACUACGAGAGCUGCAUCGCCUCCGAGCAGAGUUGCCUCAACGAGUGGAACGCCAUGCAGGACCUGGAGUCCCCACGCCCCGACUCGCCUGCCCUCUACAUGGACAAGCCAACUGAGCGCGAGAGGGCUGAACGACUGAUCAAGGCCCAACUCCGGAGCAUCAUGAUGAGCAAAGAUCUGGAGAACGUGACUUCCAAAGAAAUCCGGAACCAGCUGGAGAAGCAGAUGAGCUGCAAUUUGAAAGAAUUCAAGGAAUUCAUCGACAACGAGAUGCUGCUCAUCCUGGGCCAGAUGGACAAGCCCUCCCUCAUCUUCGACCACCUCUACCUGGGGUCCGAAUGGAAUGCCUCGAACCUGGAGGAGCUUCGGGGCUCAGGCGUGGACUACAUUUUGAACGUCACCAGGGAGAUCGACAACUUCUUCCCAGGGCUGUUUGCAUACCACAACAUCCGCGUCUACGACGAAGAAACGACCGACCUCCUCGCCCACUGGAACGAGGCUUACCGUUUUAUCAACAAAGCCAAGAAGAACCACUCCAAGUGCCUGGUCCAUUGCAAGAUGGGUGUGAGCCGCUCCGCGUCCACCGUCAUCGCCUACGCCAUGAAGGAGUUUGGGUGGUCAUUGGAGAAAGCCUACAAUUACGUCAAGCAGAAGCGCAGCAUCGCUCGGCCCAAUGCCGGGUUCAUGAGGCAGCUGCUGGAAUAUCAGGGAAUACUGGAUGCCAGCAAACAGCGCCACAACAAGCUCUGGAAACAGCAGGCGGGAGGCGGCUUCUCCCCCAGUUUGGAAAGCUCCGCCGGGCCCACCGAAUUCCUGCUCGGCAGCCUGGAGGACAUGGACCUGGGGCCUCCCAGCCCGCCUCUCUGCACCGACCACCGGACGCCCCUGGAGUUGGUGGGCCUCCACUACUGCUUGCGGCGCCUCUCCGACUCCUUGCCAGGCCCCCCGGAGCUGUGCCUGCAGGUGGAGGACCUGGAGGCCGACUCCAUCCUGGAGGAGGAGGAGGAGGAGGUGCUGCUGGGCCAGCUGCAGGCAGCGGAGCCGGGCGUCCAGGGGGAGGCCGAGCUGUCCAGCACCGCAGGCCCCGAGAGCCAUCAGAAGGCCUCGGCUGCCCAGCUGGGGGAGGAGAAGCCCCUCGAGCGAUGGAAGCGCCGGUUGAUGGACGGGGAGGGCCGGCCCAUCGGCGAGAACCUGAAUAACAACAACAGUAAGAGGAGCUGCCCGGAUGACUUUGAACACGAAGCGCUCUUUGGGAUCCUGAACCGAGUCAAGCCCCCCUACAAAUCCUGCACUGACUGCCUGUAUCCCUUGGGGGGGUCCCCUCCUGAAGCCUUCAGGGACCCCCCAGGGGCCCUGCCAGCAGAGACCCCUGGCCCACGGGCCGCCGUCUGCACCCAGCCCUCCUUCCCGGCCUCUCUGGAGCAGGCCUUCUGCCAGGGGCCUCGGAAGGAACCCCAGGAGCUCCCGAUGGUGGUGGGAAGCGAGGCCCAGGACGUCAGUCCCGACCGGCCGGCUCCAGGCUGGCCCUGUGGCCCUUCUGAGAAGCCCAGGGAGGCCCCGAAAGCCCCGGGAGGCGCCUCGCCUGGCUCCAGGCCUUCUCUCUGUGAGGGAAGCCCCGUCUCCAAGCACGAUUCUUUUCCAAGAAAAGAGGCUCGGCAGACGAAGGACCUGAAAUACUUGCUCUUCAGCAAAGACCUGGAGAAGCCGACCACAAACAGUUACCUGAUGCAGCACCAGGAGUCUCUUCUGCAGCUCCAGAAGGCCGGUUUGGUGCGCAAGCACACCCAGGAACUGGAGCGCCUCAAGGCCCCGCCCUCCGACCUGGCCGGGCAGGGCAAGGAGUGUUCCGGAGGCCCCGCCGAUGUGGCGACCAUCUUGGAAGAGGAGCCCCAGGAGAUGGCGGCGGUUGAGAGUCGACUGCCGCUCGCCUCCCAGGGCCCCCCGGAGAAGCUCCCGAAGGCCCUGCUGGCUGCCGGAGCCUCCCAGAAGACCUCCACGCCCGUCCCCUCCAGGGGGGACCACACGAGCACCUUCACCAAGGACUUCCUGAAGACCGUCUGCUACACCCCGCCCUCUUCCAGGAGCUCCAACCUCACGCGGAGCUCCAGCAGCGACAGCAUCCACAGCGUCCACGGGAAGCCCGGGCUGGUGAAACAGCGGACGCAGGAGAUUGAAACCCGGCUGCGGCUGGCCGGCUUGACCGUCUCCUCUCCGCUGAAGCGCUCCAACUCCCUGGCCAAGCUGGGCAGCCUCGACUUGGCCUCCGAGGACCUGAUGGGCGAGCUGGACCUGUCGCCCUUGGCCCACGCGAGGGAGGCCACGCCAAGCGAGCCUCCCGCCCUUGGCAACCUCCCCUCCUGGAAGGGCAUGGCAGACGGGCUCCAGCCCUUGGGGCAACUGAAGCACACCCCCCGGGUGGGGAAAAGCUGACCCCUUUGCGGUGUCCUUGUUUUAAUGGAUGCUUUUAGUUUUGCCUGUGCUAAACCCAAUUUUACCUUGUUCAGAACAGACGAGAGUUGCCUUCCGCUUCUCAGGUGGCCCUUCCAGCCAAGAGGCCACCGACCGAGGAGCCCCUGAGAAGGGGGCCAGCCCAAGGAGGAGGCGCAGGGCCCUGGUGCGUCUCUCACGGCCUCUUCUCGACUUCGAUCGGGCAGCGCCAGCCUUCCUUACAUGCCAAAAAAAAGGUCAAAAGGACCCAGAGGUUGGCUUUGAAGGUCAAGCCAAGUGUUACUCUUCCUCCUUUAAGGGCCCCUCGUGCAAAAGGACCCAAAGGGGACGCAAAUGCUACCUCCGAUCUUCAGAUCUACGUAGAUAGGCAGACACCUCUGUGUGUGUGUGUGCGUGUGUGUGUGUAGUUUUAAGAUUUUCCAAACCUUUCCCCUGAAACUCAUUUAUUCCUAAGGAAAAAAUAGCGCUUAGGUCAAUGGGAUUAUCGUCCUGGCCUCGUGGCUCACUCAACACACCUGAAAUGGCAGAGUAGUUCGAGCAUUUUUGCUGGCCAUACUGGCCAAGGUCCCCAUCUAAACUGACCAGUGGCUGACAAGGCUGUUGUUUUCCCUCCAAACGUGAUCGUUUUGUUUGGGGGUGUUGGGUGGGACCCCCUGAUUCUCCCUCCCUUCUGCUGUACCUGCUCCAUAUACCUGUUCCAUGUUUACUGUUUCUCCCGAUCCUGUUGAACACUGUAAAUUUCAUUGUAGUGUUACCUAGUGUGGUAGGACCGGUAAUGUAUGUUUCCUGGGGCAUUAAACAC